AUGGAAGUGUUUACACAAAGAACUAUUCUCAAAGCUUUUUGCAAGUCUUCAAAGCCGGUUGAUGCCUUGAUGGGCAAAAGACCAGUUCGCAAAAUCGCAAGCAAAACUCCUUUCGCAAGUUUCGCCGGAAAAGCCGACUCCAAAUGGAGAAACUCGACUGUGGAGGUGCUGCCUCCGCCAAGAGACGGCGUUUGGAAAGUGAGAUUAGUGAUUGAUCAAAAGGAUUUGAGUUUGAUUUUGUCAGAGGAUGUGAACACGGAGGCCUUGAUCGAGAGGAUGAGGUAUGCAGCAAACUCGACUCCUGUUAGAGGGAGGAGUUCGAGUUCUUGGGGUCAGACCUUUUCGUAUAAAUGUGCUCGUUUGAGCGAUCAGCCGAUGCAUAUUGGCCGGAACCAUUUCUGA